AUGUUCGCAGUUCGGGGUGGACACGCUCAGCUGCACUCCGCCGCCUGGCAAGAUUUGCACAACAAUAUCCAAAUGUGGGCGCUGAAGCAUGGUGAUCGGAGAGGUUUCCCCGUCAUUGAAUUAUUACAGCGAAGCCUGUUGACCGUAGUUGAUUCGGUGGACCUGUCUAUUGCGGAUUGA